AUGAGCGCCAUCAAUAUUAAACUUAUCAAAUCUUAUAUACAAUUACCUUUCAAAGGGAUCCAUAGGCUUAAUGAUCCAAUGGACCAAGAAACUCUUAUUGAAGAAGACAGAGUUAGAAAGGGCUGGCACAUGAAACAAAAUCCAUUUCAUCACAGAGUUAAAAUCGUUGAUGGUAAAGCUAUGGAAGAUCCAUUUGAUGAUUCUGCUGCUGUUGAAGAAUCACCAUUGCUCAGUGAAUCUAAUGAUGCUUAA